AUGUCUGACUUUAACGAGUCAUUCAAUGCUUUGUGUCUUGCCGUUCCUAGAAUACGCCAGGUUUUAAUAAAUAUUGGGUUUGGUAGAUGGGCAAGAGCUCAUUGUCCCGGCAAUCGAUACCACUAUAUGACAUCUAAUAGUGCGGAGUCUAUUAACUCUUUGUCUAGAUUCUCGCGUAAGAUGCCGAUAACGCAACUUAUCGAAUUCUUCCGCGAGUCUGUACAAAAAUGGUUUUAUGACCGUCGACUGCAGGGCAUGCAGGAGAGCCAUUCAAUGACUCAGUGGGCACAAAAGAAAAUUUUAAAGAAAAUUGAAGGGUCUAGAACCUGGACUGUUGCAGGCAUCCGGGUAAACAGUUUUGUUAUUGAAGACGGUGGGAAAAGGGGUGUAGUUGAUUUUUUGAAUCGUUCGUGCAGCUGCCGUGUCUGGCAAGUUUCUGGUCUACCUUGUGGGCAUGUGAUUGCUGUUUCAAGAUUUUUGGGUGAACCUAACUGCAGUCAUUAUGCAUUCUCGUGUUAUUCAAACGAAGUAUACAAAAAAACGUAUGAAGAAUCGAUUAAUCCUCAGCCUCAUAAGUCUGAAUGGGUGAUACCAGAAGGCCUUGGCAGUGUAUUACCCCCGCAUAUUACAAAACGUCAAUCUGGUCGUCCAAAAGAAAACACCCGAAUCUUGUCUCGUGGGGAAGAACCCGUUCAGGUAUAUUGUUCGCGGUGUCGAACAUACGGCCAUGUUCGUGACGUUUGUUUAGAUCCAAUGCCAUCACAGAUUCAUUCACGUAAAUCAUCAGGCAAAGGAAAAGGGAAAGAGAUAGAAACCCAGAGUCCUACGGAUGACAUUUGUCCAUCUUAUAAUUUAGCAGAAUUUUAA